AUGUUCAUCUAUAUUAAACACGGAGGUAAGACCAAAGUCAUAUUAUGAAUUCAACUAGUUUCACAUUUUAUGUUUGCAGUAUUAGAAAUUGUAUUUAAAAUAAUUUCCUUAUUUCUAUCCUACCUUUGCAGACAAUGAUCAGUUUCUGGCCAACACCAACUGCCCUGUGGUUCUCCUGCUGCAGUACAUGAGAGCUAAGAUGGGCCUGCUGGAGACGGGUGGGAGUUCAGAGGGGGGGUCAUCAGGGAGGGUGGGAUGGAGGCCUGGAGGGUGAUGAUGACAGUUUCCUGAUUGAAAUGCUGCUGUGCCAAUGGUCCCUAAGGCCAUUGCUCUUACAGGCAAGGGGGGGCUUGAGUCUAUCCCAAGUUUAGUACCACUGUUGUAACUAAGGCAGGGAAUGUGGAUGGAGAGUGCUGAUGUGAGAAUCAUGGAUGUGGUUUGGGGUGCCGAAACGUGUGUGUGGGGGUUCACCGGAGGCUGGCGUUAAAUAUUUCACACUGCUCAACUCCAAUGGUGUCUGCUUACACCUGCUGGGUCCUGCUACACUCACCACUGCUUUAGAGCAAGGCCCAGAGCAAGCUUCCUGCAAUAAUGAUGCUAGCAUUACCACUCUCAUUAGCACUGACAUUAAUGGGGCUUGCUGAUGAGUGGGUGUGACCAUCGCAAGGCUAUCAGCUGUAAAUCACACACUCAGCCAUCUCUAAUGGACACCAAGCAUGUUAUAUUCAACCAGUCUUGGUUCUCUCUUCAGAUGGAUAGAUGUCUUAAAUGUGUCUAUGUGCAUGUGUGUUUCAGAGCUGGUGGAUCUGUGUGAUGACCACGGGGCUCUGAAGCUUCUCUUUCUGUCCCAGCAGCCUCAGGAGAGUGCCAGCCGACUACUUUCUCCCCGCUGCUCCCUCACAUUCUCCAUUGUUAAUCGUGAGUUCUAUGAAAGUAGAACCACUAGAGUGGACAAGGCCUCUAUGAAACUAUUUAUAAUUGCCGAAAAAGGAGUUUCUAUCUAUACAUGGCUCUUCUUUGUUUUGAAGUAUUUGUUUAUCUUAUCAGGUAACCCAAAGGAUGGUGCCUAUGUUUCCAUUACCCCCUUAGUGGCCAACCCAGACCCUGCACUUCUGGGUAACUAUAAACUCUGCUUGUUAAUUAUGUGUGUGCAUUUGCAUAAAGUAGUUCAUGUGUAUCUUCUGUAGGAUAUACACUGCUCAAAAAAAUAAAGGGAACACUUAAACAACACAUCCUAGAUCUGAAUGAAUGAAAUAAUCUUAUUAAAUACUUUUUUCUUUACAUAGUUGAAUGUGCUGACAAAAUCACAAAAAUUAUCAAUGGAAAUCAAUUUAUCAACCCAUGGAGGUCUGGAUUUGGAGUCACCCUCAAAAUUAAAGUGGAAAACCACACUACAGGCUGAUCCAACUUUGAUGUAAUGUCCUUAAAACAAGUCAAAAUGAGGCUCAGUAGUGUGUGUGGCCUCCACCCCUACAACGCCUGGGCAUGCUCCUGGUGAGGUGGCGGAUGGUCUCCUGUGGGAUCUCCUCCCAGACCUGGACUAAAGCAUCCGCCAACUCCUGGACAGUCUGUGGUGCAACGUGGCAUUGGUGGAUGGAGCGAGACAUGAUGUCCCAGAUGUGCUCAAUUGGAUUCAGGUCUGGGGAACGGGCGGGCCAGUCCAUAGCAUCAAUGCCAUCCUCUUGCAGGAACUGCUGACACACUCCAGCCACAUGAGGUCUAGCAUUGUCUUGCAUUAGGAGGAACCCAGGGCCAACCGCAACAGCAUAUGGUCACAAGGGGUCUGAGGAUCUCAUCUCAGUACCUAAUGGCAGUCAGGCUACCUCUGGCGAGCACAUGGAGGGCUGUGCGGCCCCCCCAAAGAAAUGUCACCCCACACCAUGACUGACCCACCGCCAAACCGGUCAUGCUGGAGGAUGUUGCAGGCAGCAGAACGUUCUCCACGGCGUCUCCAGACUCUGUCACGUCUGUCUCAUGUGCUCAGUGUGAACCUGCUUUCAUCUGUGAAGAGCACAGGGCGCCAGUGGCGAAUUUGCCAAUCUUGGUGUUCUCUGGCAAAUGCCAAACGUCCUGUACGGUGUUGGGCUGUAAGCACAACCCCCACCUGUGGACGUCGGGCCCUCAUACCACCCUCAUGGAGUCUGUUUCUGACCGUUUGAGCAGACACAUGCACAUUUGUGGCCUGCUGGAGGUCAUUUUGCAGGGCUCUGGUAGUGCUCCUCCUGCUCCUCCUUGCACAAAGGCGGAGGUAGCGGUCCUGCUGCUGGGUUGUUGCCCUCCUACGGCCUCCUCCACGUCUCCUGAUGUACUGGCCUGUCUCCUGUAGCGCCUCCAUGCUCUGGACACUACGCUGACAGACACAGCAAACCUUCUUGCCACAGCUCGCAUUGAUGUGCCAUCCUGGAUGAGCUGCACUACCUGAGCCACUUGUGUGGGUUGUCGACUCCGUCUCAUGCUACCACUAGAGUGAAAGCACCGACAGCAUUCAAAAGUGACCAAAACAUCAGCCAGGAAGCAUAGGAACUGAGAAGUGGUCUGUGGUCACCACCUGCAGAACCACUUCUUUAUUGGGGGUGUCUUGCUAAUUGCCUAUAAUUUCCACCUGUUGUCUAUUCCAUUUGCACAACAGCAUGUGAAAUGUAAUGUCAAUCAGUGUUGCUUCCUAAGUGGACAGUUUGAUUUCACAGAAGUGUGAUUGACUUGGAGUUACAUUGUGUUGUUUAAGUGUUCCCUUUAUUAUUUUGAGCAGUGUAUUUGUUUACCCUAGGUCUUAGUGUGUGUCUAUAUGUUGUACCUGUUUGUUUGUGUUUUAGAGAGCCUGCAGACUCAGACUGACAGCCUGGAGAGGGCUCGUCUCAGACAGCUCCGCUCUCAGAAGGACCGCAGAGCCAAAGAGGCGCCCACUCAGACUCAACCCGUGAGUGUGUGUGCAUGUGUGUCUAUGUGCUCCAUCAAUUACUUGGGCAUAUAGAAGUUUAAAACAAAAAUAUAAGUCUUAGAAGUGUUUUUAUUUUAUUUUUGUACCCAACUUUUGUGCUGUGUCCCAAAGGCUAAGAGCCGUGGCCGUGCGGUACAUAUGGACGCCCCUGACGACGAACCCUCCAAUCGCCGGACUGGAGGCAGGAGGAGCAGGAACUGA